AUGGACAUGGAUAUGGACGUAGCCUGGUGUCUGACAUGCUCAAAGCAGACCCGGGAUCCUCGCAGCCCGUAUUGCAGCGAGGCUUGUCGAGAUCAAGAUGCCAAUUCGAAUGUUAACCCAAAUGGUCUCAUACCUCUCACAUCUCCUGUCCCCCCUGGUCUCAUCCCUUCCCCCACUAAAGCAACAUCCCCUUCCGGACACCCUACUCCUCGAGCUAAUAACUCUCCCGUGCGUCGACCGUCGAUCGGCCCUCUCGCUCCUCUCCCUACUUCGUUCCGCUCAAAGCCUUCUGUUCGAGACAGAAGAGCCUUCUCCUUCCCUGCCACUAACUCGGUCGCACCGAUACCUAUUAAAAUGAAUAACUCUCGUCGACCUACUCAAACCAUCGAAACCCUUCAAUUCGCUCGUAGGACGAAUCCCAUUUCCGUCAAUAUGACAGCUUCUCCUAGCCAUACUGGACUUUCGGCUCCUCGCAUGAAGGGAUUCGACAAACUGUCGAAGACGACAGGAUCCAAUACGCCCGUCAUAUCAGAUUCAGCGUUCUGCUCAACAUCUGAAAGUAGCGAUAACGAAGCCGUCGAUAUAGGCGAUGUAUCGCCCAUGAAAAUGCCUAAAGCACUAACUCCACUUGACACAACUGUCAGGCCUAGUGUCACCAAACGAUCCGGAGUCUCCAACGCUUUUAUGGCCGCUCCCCUUUUUGGUCAACCUCCCACUUCUUCCCCUCUUCCAGCGGCACGGCCUGGUUUUAUCUCACGUAAAUCACCGAGUCCUGUAGCUGCGAUGAUAGCUUCAUCAGCUUCUUCAAAGAGCAGAGAUGACAUUGUCAGCUGGCUCAACGAAGUCAAGCGUCUGCCACCUAAAGACGAGGAUGGCCGUGAUCCCAGUGUCCAGUCCUUCGAAGGCAGCUACCAACCCCGAGGUAGAUCUCGCACACGAAGAGAAGUACUUGCCAACCUUCCCCCACCUAGUCAAGCGUCUUUAGAUGAGCAUGAUGGAGAGAAUGGAUUACUUGGUACCACACCGAAAGGAAGAAUAGGUUCGGCCUUUGCUGGUCUUACAUCAUUUGGAGGGUUUGGUGUAGGUCCAAUAGUAAAGGCUCUCACGAGUGUGACAUCUACUACAUCGGUCCAGUCUCCAUCGACAGCGAACUCUUCUACCGGUCUUGGUCUCCAAUCAGUCCCGCUCCCAACGGAAGUCUCUCGCGUACCUGUUACUGUUGCUGCUACUGCACCCAGUGAGACUGAGUCACAUCUUUACUUGCAAAUGGGUGGUACUACUCCAACGCUCUCUACAAUAUCCGUAUCGGAACUGGUAGAUCCGUUGACUGAUAAUGGUGAUCAUAUUGACUUCAUGACUUCGACCGAUGAUCAAUCAGCAACUGGUUCUUCCUCUUUCGCUAGAAGACGAUUAUCAGCAUAUGCUCCUGGCAAAGCAACCACUUUGGUUUCAAAUCAAGGCAUACAUGCUCCCGCUAAACCAAUAACUUCAACUGCUUCUGCCAUUUGGAAUCUUUCUACCUACCUGCGAUCCUUCGCUCCCUUUUCAAUAUCGUCAGUCGUUCCAUCACCAAUACCGAAUAGAACUCCCAUUGCUCAGGUGAACAACACAAAAACUCACCUUUCCCCUCGUCCGCAACUUCCUCAAUAUGUGGAACUACCUGUCUCUGCUCCAGUACCAGCGGCUAGACCUGCUGUCCCAGCGGAAGCAGAAUCUCCUGCUCAGCAAAUGGUCCGAAGUCUACCCAUGGAUAUAGUUUUACCCGUAGGCGGAGAAAACCCACACAUGGAUCGUAUCCGUCAAAGGGAAAUCAGAGAAUGGAUUGGUACACCUUCUUCAACAAGUCACUCUCGUUCUCAAACUCAAUCUCGCAGGAGAGAUAAGUCAAGAACUGGGUACGAUUCUAGGUCUGCAUCACACUCUCAUUCUAGGCAUGGCAGAAAAAUAUCUUACGAUGCUGACGCCAGCGGAGAAGAAGAUGGGAAUGGCGAAGUGGAGCGAAGAGGCAGGAGUAGGAGGGAGAAAGGUCUCCCCGGACAGUCCCACUCCAGGAGCAGGAGAGGAUCAGAUGCUAAAAUCGAGGCCUCAGAGGACGAAAGGGGUAGGGACCGAGGCAGAGAUAGGGAAAGGACAGUCAGAGUAUAA